GGAAAAAAAAAAUUGAUAAUAAGCAAACAACAAACGGAAGGGACUAGGGAAAACUUAGAACAAAUAAAAAGGGAAUAAAUAAAUUUUAACAGCGUAUCAAUAUUCUGCUCCACGCAAUCAGAAACCCUCUCUCCGUCAAUCGGUUCAUCGUCCACGUUUCGACUUUCUUCCAAGAACAAUCCUUUGUUUAUUUGAUUGAUAAAAUUAUUUUUUUAUAGUUGAAUAUAUCCGAUUCUCUUUUGUUUUUGCUUGAAUUUUUCGUCAAAAAAAAAAAAAAAAAAGUGAAAAUUCCAACUCUUUUGGAUUCUGAUUUAAUUGCGGCGGCGGUGUUUGGCUUCAUCGGAGGACCAAAGAAGAAUCUCCCUUCUUUUUAUUCGGAUCUCCUACUUCCUUUCGUAGCAGUCAAUCAAAUUUUUAUAGUUUUGCUGAAAGUUAACUAAGCAUGAUCCUCUGAUUAAUUCUCCUGGGGAAUGGACUGGCUUUUUUCGCCUGCUGUCAUUGUUUAUGAGUGAUGUUCAGUGGGCAAAAAGGCAUUCAUGCACUUAAUGUACUUAAGUGGAACUGGCGUAGUACUUCAUCUCUAACUACUGGUCUGCUUAAUGAUAAUUUCAAUCAAGAAAUCGAGCUUUCCGAUUAUCACAAAGCACCGAGUCCAGGCAGUGAAAGCCCGUCUGGGCUUCUUGAUGGGGAGACUUUGAAUGGCGAACAAAUCGAAGAUUUGGAUCUCUUCUUUGAGAGGAUUUACAAUUAUUACUGCGAGAAAGGCCUCUGGUGCAUUAUUAUCAAGUGGAUAUUCGAGCUUCUGAGCUUGGCUUUUACCAUUUGUUUUUCGGGUUUUUUUUUGCUGUACGUUGAUUGGAAUGGCCUACGCAAUGCAAAAUGUGGGAUGGAUGCAGUGGAAUCUGGAAUCAAACCUUGCGAUUUGUCUAAAGAAGCUGUGCACGAGCAUCCAUUGACACCUUUUACUCUUGCAAAGGCUAUAAUUAUAGGAUAUUUGGGAAUAUUCUCCAUCUACUGGAUUUUCUGUUUUUUGAGGUUCUUUGCACAAUUGAAGGAGACUCUUAAGAUCCGUCAGUUUUACUACAACAGUCUGCGUGUGACGGACAAUGAAAUACAGACGACUCCAUGGUCGUUGAUUCUUGAAAAAGUUGUUCGAGUGCAGCGUUCGCAGCAGCUAUGUGUGGUGAAGGAUCUUUCGAUUCACGAUGUGAUGAUGAGAUUGAUGCGCAAGGAGAAUUACUUGAUUGGGAUGCUCAACAAAGGAGUGCUCGCCUUCCCUAUAUCUCGGUGGGUCCCAGGUGCCGGUACAGCUGUCAAUGUCGGUCAAAACGGCGGUCAACAUCGUCUCGUACUGCCAAAGACCCUUGAGUGGACCUUGAACUGGUGCAUACUGCAGAGCAUGUUUGACCGAAACUUUCGCAUAAGAAGGGAUUUUGUUUCUGAUCCGCAAACAUUGACGAAGAGGCUUAUGAUAGUGGGGUUUGCCCUGCUUCUUCUCUCUCCGUUUCUUGUUAUUUUCAUGCUGGCAUUUCUUUUCUUGAGGCACGCCGAACAAUUCUAUAAUCACCCUAGUACAGCUUCGUCUCGUAGAUGGUCAAAUCUGUCCAAGUGGAUGUUUAGGGAAUUCAACGAGGUUGACCAUUUGUUCAAGCAUAGGAUCAAUAGCAGUUUACUACAUGCAUCUGACUAUUUGAAACAGUUCCCUUCGCCUAUAUUGGCUAUCGUUGCGAAAUUCAUCUCGUUUGUUUCCGGUGGAUUUGCCGCCGUGCUUAUAAUAAUUGCUUUCCUAGAGGAAUCUCUGCUCGAAGGCCAUAUAUUUGGUCGGAAUUUAUUCUGGUACGCGGCAGUUUUCGGAACAAUAACAGCUAUUAGCAGGGCUGCAAUGAUGGAGGAGCUUCUUGUACUUGAUCCACAGGGGACGAUGUCAUUGGUUGUCCAACAUACUCAUUAUAUGCCUAAAAGAUGGCGCGGUAAAGAGAAUGUCGAUACUGUCCGUCUCGAGUUCGAAACUCUUUUUCAGUACACAGGAAUGAUGCUAUUGGAGGAGAUGGCCUCGAUCUUUCUCACACCGUACUUGCUUAUAUUUGUUGUUCCUCAGCGGGUGGGCGACAUCUUACAGUUCAUUAAGGAUUUCACCGUUGAUGUUGAAGGUGUAGGCCAUGUUUGUAGUUUUAGUCUCUUCGAUUUUAGAAGUCACGGAAACAGAAAGUACGCGUCACCGUUUAAUUCAACUAGUGACCAUAGAAGCUCGCAGGGGAAAAUGGAGAAGUCGUUCUUGAGCUUUCAAAUCGCCUAUCCUUCGUGGGAACCUAAUUCCGAGGGGAAGCAAUUCCUCGCAACAUUGAAAACAUUUAGAGAUCAAAAAUUGCAGCAAGGUCACGGAAGAACAUCUUCAAAUAUGUCGUCUGGUAAUAAUCCAAAUUUCCGAGGGUUUGGUUUGAACGAUCGAAACAACAGCUUUUUCUCAAGGGAAAUGCCUUUCACAAAUAUCGGAAACUUCAACCAGUUAGAAUCGAUGUGGCUGAUAGACGGCGAACAAAAGAAUUUCCCGUACAUUUUAGAUUGGUAUUACACCUCACAGAAUCACGACAGAGACGAUAGUCUACGAGAUACGCCACCGAGGCGCGACGAAAAUAUUCACCCGCAAGAUUUGUGGGUCCCGCCCGAUUUAACAAGAAACAACCCGGAAUACGACGAGAACUGGGGCGGCAUUGACAAUAAUUUAGGUUACGAUCUAGAAGGUUCUAGAUCAGCUCCUCUUUUCCAAGAAAGCGUCUUGCUACAGCAGCGUAACGAAUCGGACGAUUCCAGAGAUGCCCCCGCCAAGAGCCUCUGGUGGGCCCGACAAAAAACGCAAAAUGAAGGCGAAACGAGUUUUAUCGAGCCCCCGAAUUUCUACGGUGCCGAAAAUACUUUUCGGGGUGGUUACGAAAAUUUGUCGGAGAGAAGUGAAGAGGAAGAAGAAGAGGAGCAGCUGGACUUGAGAAAUUCGAGGGGUUUGUCGAGGACUUUCUACAUGGAUGACGUGGACGGCGGAGAUUUCAAUCUUCCGUUUGUUGAUAUUUACGGGGCCCACGAGGAGAAUGCCAACGAGGGUGAAAACGACGAUCCGUUGAAUAUUGUCUGAUUAUUAUUGUUAUUUGUUAUUGUCUUGCUUUUCUUAGACAACUGAAGAUGUAUAAGGGCUUUCCUUUCAUGGUUUAUUAUUAUUAUUUUCUAAUCUAUUUUCCAUGGGAGACGAAUUUCGGAGCUCUGUAUUCUUUCUUGUAUAUAAUUUUGUACAUAAUUCGAAUUAUGGACCUUUUCAUCUCGUUCCGAUGGAUGCUAACGACAUCGUUUAAGUCACAAAUUGUCGUAGGGAUUUGAUUCUUAUCGUUUAUUAUUUAUGU